GUGAGAAUCUGGCACACGGGAGGACCGCCCCAGGUGCGGCUGGCCCUGUGACCCGAGCCCAACGCCGUCUGGGCACAUAAGGAGCUGGAGGGUGGGGUGGAGGGUGCAGAGAGAGGCCCGGCCCCGGCCAGCCCAAGGGCGCCUGCCCGGGGGGGAGCGCGGCGGGCCUGGCCAAGGACGGAGUGAAAACUGACAUCUUGGGGUCCACCCUGGGGGUCUUGACCGUGUUCCUCUCUCCGCCGCUAACUAAACCCUGUGAACCCCUCAACUCCCAGAAUCCUACCACUUGGGGGCCUCACCAGGCUGUCCCUUCUGAGACUCUUGAACCUCAAGACUCCCCAGACCCCCCAGUCCUGACAGAACAGCUUGGAAAAGUACUAGGUUGGGAGUCCCCAGGCCUGGGGCCCAGAACAGGAUCUGCUAAUACCUGGCCACCCUCCCCCACCCAGGCUGCAGUUUCUCACUUGUGUAAAAGUCAAAAGUUGGACCUUGUGCCCUCCAAAGCCCAUUUCAGGGCUGACAGCUGUCACUGCUUCUUCUUUGCCCCUUAGCAUGCGCUGUGAGUAGGGGGGGGGGCGGAGAGGCGGCUGGACCAGGAGCACCCACCACCGCCAUGUGUUUAGAGGCAAGCUGGAGGCUUAGGAGGGCCUGAGAGAGAAGCAGCAGGGGUGAGGCGUGGGCAGAGCUAAGGCUGGGUAGGGGGCAAGUUCCUGGUCCUAGGCUGAGGAGGACAUCUCAGCCUGCUGGAAGAGCAGCCAUCCUCCCCCCCCCCCCCCAUCUCUUCUCUGCCCUUCUGUGGUCCUUUUUGCAAAGAUGCUUCAUCUCAGCGAGACAUUCUCGCUCAACGUGCAACAGAGUACACAGGAUCAGACCGAUGGGACUUGGGGGUCUCACCUCGAACACCACUUGUCACAAACUGUGACACCUUGAGCGAGUUAUUUCACUCUCCGGAGUCCGGAAAGGGAGGGUCCCAACGUCCACGCUUCCAGUGUUGGGAUAAAACGAGACACUGAAAGCAUCUGAUGGGCAUAAGUUCUCUGCCCCCAUACCCCCGUGAAGCAUUCUCCCCAAGCCCUCCCACCAGCCCUGUUCAGACAAAAGGGGGCCAGUCUUAUGUCUGGGGAAGCUUAAUGGCAGGGUCGGGACCAUCAAGUUUGAGUCAUGGAGACAGAUAAUGAUAACCCCGUGUCUGCCUCUGAGGCUGCUGUGUAUACACCUUGCUCUGUGGGUGCACCCUCUGGGCCAUCUGCUGGGGACCCUGAGUGUCUCUGCCUUCUCGCCUUUGAUUGUGGACCUGGGAUGGCCAGUGGUGGAGGCUCUACUAUUGUGAGACCGGUCCUGAAGGGUGGCAGGGACUCAGGGGCAGGAAGUUGGUCCCUGCCCAUCUGUGUGGCAUUUCUGCUAAGUUUGCAUUCUUAGGUGAAGCAGCUCCAAGCAGUGCCCCUCUCAGGGCAGGUGGCCAGGACAGGGAGAACAGUGGGUGGCCAGAACGGGAAGAGGGUGUAUCGUUACCUCCCUGGUCCUGGGUCUCCCCUCAGCUUAGUACACACUUGCACUUUGUACACACAUGCACUGAUGUGCACGCUCCAGAAUGCCCACAGGGUGUCGCUUUUGGUGGCUGCAAUUUGGCCCCUGGGGGGCUGUUGAGCUGCCCUGUGUGUGUUGCUAUCAGAUUCCCUGGUGUCUGAGCCUGUGAUGCACUGGAGGCAUCUUUACGUGGCUUGCUGUUUAGAAUAGGGUGUGAAACUGAGUGCUAGGGAUGGGCCACUGGGUGAGGGAUCCUGUGCUCUGUCUGGGCACCCCCUUGCCUGUGCCUGCUGCUGGGUGAGUCAGGACCUGAGUCAGGGGGCCCCCAGAGGCUGGGUGUGGGCAGGCAUGUCCCUGUCCCUUGCAUGCUAUCCCUGGUACUGAGGCGGGAACCUCUGAUGGGAUUAAGGCAUGUGGCGGGCUGCCCUGAAUUCAGCCUGGUAGGCGGGGUCUGCAUCCUAUAUUCCCGCCCACUUCCAUCUUGUCCUCACUCAGGAGUAAUCCUAAGGCCUCCAAGGGUUGCGGGGAUCAAAAAGGAGGGGCAUGGAGGUGUCAGAGUGACUAGCUGAGGUGUGGCACAGGGGCCAGGUCCCGCCCCCCCCCCCCCCCCCCCGCCAGGAGAUGGGUGGGAGGCUGGAGGACCUGCUGGUGGCCCAGAUGCCUCCCUUCUUUGCCCAGCCUGUGCCCAACAGCAGGCUAUCAGGUUGAGGACCAAAGGCCUCAGGAAAUCUGCAUGCUAUACAACAGGGGCUUUAUGUGUGGGAGCAUGGAUGCUGGAGGCGGGGCAGACCGGCCUAGGAGCCCCCUUGGAGGCACUGGGGGCCUUGCUGCCUCCCUUUCCUUCCACCCCUCCAGCCUCAGGGGUGGGGAAAAGGCUCCUGACUGCCUGUCUGGAAGGGUGCCAUCCCAGCUCAUGGCCCACGCCCCCGUGUGACUUGUGCCUGGUUGUCUGUAUCUGGAAUAAUGAUACCUUGGUCUAAAAUGAAACCCAGGGACAGACAGAGUGGGCUGGCCGCCCAGGAGCCUGGAAGCCCAGCCCCGUGCCCGUCGUAGGUGUCACCCUGGCUCUCUCCAAGUUUUCCAUUUCCUGAUCCUCUGCCUCUCGCCCCUCCUCACGCCCCCUGCCCCUGCCUCUCAGAGGCCAGGUCUCUAUUUUCUGCCACAAAUCCUAGGCACUUGCCCUAUUAAAAACCCAGGUGUCCUAGUCACUUCCACCACCACCCCCCCACCCCCAGGGCUGACCAGCUUUCUGCUUCGCCACUCCCUGCCCCUGGGGCCCGUAACCAGAGCCAGGCUCCAGCCGGCUUUUCCGGUUGGAGGUUGGAGGUGGUGCCCAGAGCGCCCCUGAAGGGGGUGGGGGGCUCACGCCCCGGAAGUCCGUCUCGGACUCUCUCUGGUCCAGUGGGGAGGGAGCCAGGGCUGGCCGCCUGGAUACCCGGUGUCUGGAGUCAGAGAAGCAGAGCUAAGUGUUUCGGAUUGGUGUCAAGGGUGGGAGGAGAUGCCUGGGCUUCGGGAGAAGGCCACACGGGCAGGCUGUGGGACGGCAGCCCCGUGGACCGCCCCUCCCGAGCUCUGAGAGGGCAAGCAGAGUCCCAUCGGGGCAGGGGUCCCAGGGAGCAGAGGUGACGGAAUGAUUCCGGUGGCGGAGUUCAAACAGUUCGCGGAGCAGCAGCCCGCCUUCAAGGUGCUCAAACCUUGGUGGGACGUGCUCGCCGAGUACCUCACCGUGGCCAUGCUCAUGAUCGGGGUGUUCGGCUGCACCCUCCAGGUGACACAGGACAAGAUCAUCUGCCUGCCCAGUCAUGAACCCCGGGAGAACUUAUCAGAGGCCCCGUGCCAGCAACUGCUGCCGCGGGGGGUCUCCGAGCACAUGGGGGACCUCCGGGAGCUGAGCGGCCUUAAGAACAACCUGGACCUGCAGCAGUACAGUUUCAUUAACCAGCUCUGCUACGAGACGGCCCUGCACUGGUAUGCCAAGUACUUCCCUUACCUGGUUGUCAUCCACACGCUCAUCUUCAUGGUCUGCACCAGCUUCUGGUUCAAGUUCCCCGGCACCAGCUCUAAGAUCGAGCACUUCAUCUCCAUCCUUGGCAAGUGUUUUGACUCGCCGUGGACCACGCGGGCCCUGUCGGAGGUCUCUGGGGAGAACCACAAGGGCCCUGCUGGGCGGGCGACAGUGACCGUGGCGGCGGCAGCAGGGUCAGCGAAGGCAGGUGAGGGCGAGAAGGAGAAGGUGCUGGCAGAGCCCGAGAAGGUGGUGACAGAGCCACCGGCCGUCACCCUGCUGGACAAGAAGGAGGGCGAGCAGGCCAAAGCCCUGUUUGAGAAGGUCAAGAAAUUCCGCGUGCACGUGGAAGAGGGGGACAUCCUGUACACCAUGUACAUCCGGCAGACGGUGCUCAAGGUCUGCAAGUUCUUGGCCAUCCUGGUCUACAACCUCGUCUAUGUGGAGAAGAUCAGGUUCCUGGUGGCCUGCAGGGUGGAGACCUCGGAGGUCACGGGCUAUGCCAGCUUCUGCUGCAACCACACCAAGGCCCACCUCUUCUCCAAGCUGGCUUUCUGCUACAUCUCCUUCGUGUGCGUCUACGGGAUCACCUGCCUCUACACGCUGUACUGGCUUUUCCACCGGCCCCUCAAGGAGUACUCUUUCCGAUCCGUGAGGGAGGAGACGGGCAUGGGCGACAUCCCUGACGUCAAGAAUGACUUUGCUUUCAUGCUGCACCUCAUCGACCAGUAUGACUCGCUCUACUCCAAGCGCUUUGCGGUCUUCCUCUCGGAGGUCAGUGAGAGCCGCCUGAAGCAGCUCAACCUCAACCAUGAGUGGACAGCUGAGAAGCUGCGGCAGAAACUGCAGCGCAAUGCCCAAGGCCGGCUCGAGCUGGCCCUCUGCAUGCUCCCAGGGCUGCCGGACACGGUCUUCGAGCUCAGCGAGGUGGAGGCGCUGCGGCUGGAGGCCAUCUGUGACAUCACCUUCCCCCCAGGCCUCUUGCAACUGGUGCACCUGCAGGAGCUCAGCCUGCUCCACUCGCCCGCCAGGCUGCCCUUCUCCUCGCAGGUCUUCCUGAGGGACCGCCUGAAGGUCAUCCGGGUCAAGUGUGAGGAGCUCCGCGAGGUACCCCUCUGGGUGUUCGGGCUUCGGGGCCUGGAGGAGCUGCACCUGGAGGGGCUCUUCCCCCCAGAGCUGGCCCGGGCGGCGACCCUCGAGAGCCUCCGGGAGCUGAAGCAGCUGAAGGUGCUGUCUCUGCGGAGCAAUGCCAGCAAGGUACCCGCUAGUGUGACCGAUGUGGCCGGCCACCUACAGCGACUCAGCCUGCACAACGACGGGGCCCGCCUGCUGGCGCUGAACAGCCUCAAGAAGCUGGCGGUGCUUCGGGAGCUGGAGCUGGUGGCCUGUGGGCUGGAGCGCAUCCCCCAUGCCGUCUUCAGCCUGGGUGCGCUGCAGGAACUGGACCUUAAAGACAACCACCUGCGGUCCAUCGAGGAGAUCCUCAGCUUCCAGCACUGCCGCAAGCUGGUCACGCUCCGGCUGUGGCACAACCAGAUCGCCUACGUCCCCGAGCACGUGCGGAAGCUCCGGGGCCUCGAGCAGCUCUAUCUCAGCCACAACAAGCUGGAGAUGCUGCCCACCCAGCUUGGCAUGUGCUACAGCCUCCGCCUGCUGGACGUCUCCCACAACGGGCUGCGCUCCCUGCCGGCUGAGCUGGGCCUCCUCCAGAACCUACAGCACCUGGCACUCUCCUACAACGCCCUGGAGUUUCUGCCUGAUGAGCUCUUCUUCUGCCGCAAGUUGCGGACGCUGCUCCUUGGCUACAACCACCUGAGCCACCUCUCGCCACAGGUGGGGGCCCUCAGGGCCCUCAGCCGCCUGGAGCUCAAGGGCAACCGGCUGGAGGCGCUGCCAGAAGAACUCCGCAACUGUGGGGGGCUCAAGAAGGCAGGGCUUCUGGUGGAGGCCACCCUUUACGAGGGGCUGCCGCCCGAGGUGAGGGACAGGAUGGAGGUGGAGUGAAGCCAAGGAGGGGCAGGUUGAGGUAGAGGCCUUCUGGGUGCUACCGCCCUGGAAUCUCUGCCAUUAUCUUCAAGGGAGGUGGCCAAGUGGGCCCAGGCCAGGAGAUGACGUGUCAGGCUGGUGGAGCCCAGACAAGAUCCUGGGACUGGUUUGUCUGGGAGGCUAUGGAUUUGGGGUGGAACAUCCUGGAGGGAUUAACUCAGUCAUAAGACUCUCAGACCAAAACCACACCUAUGUCUUUGGCUGGCUGGCUUGCCCCCUGCCCUGGGCCAGAGCCGCUGCUCCCUGAACCCCACCCCAGACCUUCUGGUUCAAUCAAUGUCACAUAUGGGGGUGUGGCUCAUCCCAAUGGGAUUUCAACCCUCUCCCCAUGACCAAAACAGCUUACAUCUGGGGUUCUCUCCCAAGGAGGGGACACAGACACAAGGGACCAGUUCCCCCCUCCCUCCUCCAACUUUGAUGUUAAUCCCCUAUUUAUAAGUUGUUUGCUAAGGACACCUGAACUCAGAAAAAUGGUUCUCAUGUUUGACUAGGCAUCAAAAUCAACAUCUCCAAAACAAAACAUCCCAGGCCCCACCUCUGAAAGACUGACUCAGGAGGUUUGGCUGGAGGCCAGGAACUUUCCUGUAAAUAUAUGCAUCCCAGGUAAUUCUGACACAGAUGGUUCCAGGCCUGUGUGCUGGGAAAUGGUGGCCUACAGAGUAGAUAUCUGGGUGUCUAGAGCAGAGAUUCUGAACUUUUUUCAGAUCCCUAGACGGUUUGAAAAAUCUGAUGAAAGCUGGGCACCUCCUUCUUCAGGAAAAUGCUCACGUAUACAUACACGAAAAGUUCUGCAAACCACUCUGGGUAGUCUACAGAUUCUUCCAGAUUCCUGGGAGGGCUGAUUAAGGACCUCCUCAGGAUCGUGGACCCCAGGUUAAGAACACCUGCAGUGGAGGGUACCUUUUUCUGACUACAGGCUGGGACUUUGUCUUUCCAAUGUUCCCUAUGUGAGGGAGUGUAUAUCAGCGGAUGCGUAAUAAAUAACACAUUUUGAGAACUAUAAUU